AUGUUUGGUUGGUGUUUGGCACAGUCCCGAAACUGUUUGGGUGCUAUAAUCUCACACUCCCCAUUGCUUCUCAAUACUAGCUCCAGCACCCCUGCAUUAGAGGUUGUUUUAGUGUUGUGCUCGGCACUUAGAGCCACCUCUAGCGUAUCACCGGGUAUCUCGGGCAUGAUCUGUACAUCAACCACCUGCAUGCUAGUGACAACACCCGAGAACAUAGAUGUGUACCAUGGCAGGUUGUUCCUAAUAUGA